AUGUUUAAUCCUAGGAUUAGGCUCUUUUUUAUUGUAUAUUCACUUUUGUUGUGUGCUUUCUCAUUUGCAACAACAGUUGAAUAUGAUACAAAUGCCAUUAUCAUCAAUGGAGAACGAAGAAUAAUAAUAUCUGGUGCAAUCCACUACCCGCGCAGCACUUCACAAAUGUGGCCAGAUCUUAUUAAGAAAGCAAAAGAUGGUGGUCUUGAUGCCAUCGAAACAUAUAUAUUUUGGGACCUUCACGAACCUAUUCGCCGCCAAUAUGAUUUUUUUGAAAAUCUAGACUUCAUCAAGUUUCUAAAAAAUGUUCAUGAAGAAGGUCUUUAUGUUGUGCUUCGAAUUGGUCCUUAUGUUUGUGCUGAAUGGAACUACGGAGGCUUCCCAAUGUGGUUACACGACUUGCCAGGGAUUCAGCUGAGGACUGACAAUGUAGUUUUUAAGGAGGAAAUGAAAAUAUUCACAACAAAGAUUGUAACCUUAUGCAAAGAAGCUGGAUUGUUUGCACCACAAGGAGGACCAAUUAUUUUAGCUCAAAUUGAGAAUGAAUAUGGAGAUGUCAUAAAUAAUUACGGAGAAGAUGGGAAUGCAUACAUUAAAUGGUGUGCCCAGAUGGCUUUAGCUCAAAAUGUCGGCGUCCCAUGGAUCAUGUGCAAGCAAAACAAUGCUCCAUCACCUAUUAUCAACACAUGCAAUGGUUAUUAUUGUGAUGAUUUCAAACCAAACAAUCCUAAAAGCCCCAAAAUGUUUACAGAGAAUUGGGUUGGCUGGUUCCAAAAAUGGGGUGAAAGGAAGCCACACAGAACUGCAGAAGAUGUAGCAUUUUCAGUUGCACGCUUUUUUCAAAAGGGCGGUGUCCUCCAAAACUACUACAUGUACCAUGGAGGAACAAAUUUUGGAAGAACUGCGGGUGGUCCAUAUAUUAUUACAGCAUAUGACUAUGAUGCACCACUUGAUGAAUAUGGUAACUUGAACCAACCAAAAUGGGGGCAUCUUAAAAAACUCCAUGCCGCCAUAAAGUUAGGAGAGAAGGUUCUCACUAAUGGCACAGUUACAGAGAAACAAUAUGGAGAUUCAGUAUAUUUGACUACAUAUGCAAAUAAUGCCACUAGAGAAAAAUUUUGUUUUUUGAGUAACUCACAUAAUUCUAAGGAUGUUGAAGUUGAUCUACAACAAGAUGGAAAAUAUUAUGUGCCCCCUUGGUCAGUGUCUAUUCUCCAAGAUUGCAACAAGGAAGUUUUCAACACUGCAAAGGUUGAUGCACAAACAAGUGUUUAUGUGAAGAAACUAUCUACAGAAUUAGGAAACCAACUCAUCUGGACAUGGGCAUCUGACCCCGUGGAAGACACCUUACAAGCAAUAGGGACAUUUAAUGCAUCUCAACUUCUAGAGCAAAAGAGUGUUACCGUUGAUGCUAGUGAUUAUUUGUGGUACAUGACCAAAGUUUUCAUCAAUGAAACAUUCACUUGGAAUAAUGCAACUUUGCAAGUGAACACAUCCGGCCAUGUUCUUCAUGCCUAUGUUAAUGGAGAAUAUAUUGGCCCACAGUGGGGAACACAUGAUAACCUUCGUUUUACAUAUGAAAAAAUGGUUUCAUUGAAACAAGGUACCAACAUUAUAAGUUUAUUAAGUGGUACAGUUGGUCAUGCGAAUUAUGGUGCAUUAUUUGAUAUGAAAGAAACUGGGAUUGUUGGGGGUCCUGUGAAACUCAUUGCAACCAAUUCAAGUAAUACUUUGGAUUUAUCAAAAUCUAGUUGGUCAUACAAGGUUGGAUUAAACGGCGAGGCUAGAAGGUUCUAUGAUUCUAAAAUUAAUAAUGGAGUUCAAUGGAACAUAGAUAAUAUUGUUAUAGGAAAACCAUUGACUUGGUACAAGACUACUUUUAAGACCCCUGAAGGUAAAGACUCUGUAGUCUUGGAUUUAAUAGGCCUUACAAAAGGACAUGCAUGGAUUAAUGGUCAAAGUAUUGGAAGGUAUUGGCCUACAAUGGUAGCUGACAAAAAUGGAUGUGAUACUAAAUGUGAUUAUAGAGGAAAUUAUAAAGCUGAUAAAUGUUUAAGUGGUUGUGGAGAACCAUCUCAGAGGUUUUACCAUGUACCAAGGUCAUUCUUAAAUAAUGACACAAAAAGUAACACAUUGGUUUUGUUUGAGGAAAUGGGUGGAAGCCCUUUUAAUGUGUCUGUCCAAACAAUUGCAAUUGAUUUUAUAUGUGCAAGAACAGAUUAUGGAAAAACCUUAGAACUAAAAUGCCCUGAUGGAAAAACUAUUUCAGAAAUCCAGUUUGCGAGCUAUGGAGAUCCACAAGGAACGUGUGGAUCAUUCCAAGUAGGUGAAUGGGAAUCACGCCAUAGUGUGACAGUGGUUGAAAAAGCAUGUAGUGGAAAACAAUCAUGUUCAAUUAACGUGACAACUUCCGUAUUUGGAAUAACUAAAGGUGGCAUAAAUGGUCAGCUAGCCGUGCAACUCCUAUGUGAUGGCUCUAAUCCCGAAGAUAAUCGUGUACAACAAAUUCACGUGUAG